AGUAUUAUUAUAAUAGUAGUAUCCCAGAUGGAUAUGGAUAUGGUGGUGAAUAGCAUGGAUGCCUCACCUCAAAAUUCAAUAGUUUCUGUUAUCAACUUAUUCUAUUGUAAAUGCUGGCAUAUUAAAGGAACCAGUAUAUAGCUACAGCAUGUUACUACUGUAGCAAACUUGAUAUACUUCCACCACCUCUCCCUAGAGACUACUACUAGCCUAUACCUAAGUAGAUACCAUGGAUGCCUUAUGGAAUUUGGAAGAUAAAUGGAAUAUAACAACCCAAGAAGCAUUUCUUAUCUUUAUAUGUUCUGCUUUGGCUGUUAUUGGCCUUUGCACGACUGCAAUCCUGAAGAAGAGAAAAGAGAAGAAGAAUGGAGUUCAAGGAAGGCAAUUUUUAGUGGAGGAAUCUGGAUCUAAAGGUAUGACAACAACAAAUUGGUCUGAGUCGAGUUUGCGCUGGGUCUCGAUGAAGAAAACCUUGAUAAGUAAUGUUCGAUGGAGUGGAGCAAACAAGUGGGAGGAUGGUGCAUGUAGGACUUCGCGACAGACUAAUGCACCUCCAUUGUUGUUAGCUGAAGGAGGUAGUGUUGCUUUGGAAUUUGGUUGUUGGAGUCAUAAUUCAGAUUCACCUGUUUGGCAAAGACCAAUACUAAUGGGAGAGAAAUGCGAGGUCCCGAGAUUCAGUGGGCUAAUUCUCUAUGAUGAACAGGGGCGAUCACUUCACAAGUCUGAGUUACUGCAACAGGAUACAAGCACAGCACCAAUUGUAACUACUCUGCGGGACUUGCUAUAAACAACAUCUUAGUUCCUCACUGGUGGAUGAAGAUUCAGAUAAUUUCUGAUAGGCAUAAUACUGAUGUAAUUCCUAAAGUUCAACUGUCCAGUUUUUCUUGAGUACAUGUGUUUUCUAAAAGAGUUGGACAUAAUGGUACAUUAAGUGGCACAAUGUUAAUGAAAGAUGAACCACUCUUGCUCUCUUUUUUGCUCACAGGAACAUAAUUGUGUAAUUGCUGAAUUCCCAGUAUAAGAAGUUCAGAUUUUCCAUUACCAGGGCACUUUACACAAGAAAUAAACUUGUCUUCUCUAAAUUCAGGUCUUACAGACUUUAAUCGACCAUAGAUGCAUUCAUGAAAGGAUAAUUGCUAAUGUAAGAUGCAAAAUGAUAGAAAAUCGAAUUUCCAUU